AUGAAUGCGUUUUGGAGAACUAUUAGCAUUUUUUAUUACUGGCAGCUUUCUGAUUUCAUUUGUGUAGGUUUUACCCCUUAAACUUUGUAGCGAGGUGCACUGUAACAGGAUGUAAUGACGUUUUUAAGGCAGCUAAUCCCAGACAGAAGGAAAGCCAUCAAUACAUUCUCUUAUUGGAUCCUAUAUCAAAAUGGACCAAUUUUGACAAGAUGUAGUGCUGCAGUGUGCCUGAUGGGAUAUGUUCAGUCAUGGCAUCCGAACUUUGUAAGACGAUCUCUGUGGCAAGGCUGGAAAAGCACAAGAAUCUGUUUUUGAAUUAUAGGAAUCUGCACCAUUUCCCAUUGGAGUUACUGAAAGAUGAGGGACUACAGUACUUGGAGAGACUCUAUAUGAAAAGAAACUCCCUUACAACCUUGCCAGAAAACCUUGCUCAGAAGCUUCCAAACCUUGUGGAACUGUACCUACACUCAAAUAACAUAGUUGUAGUUCCAGAAGCCAUUGGGUCCCUUGUCAAACUCCAGUGUUUGGACCUUAGUGACAAUGCCUUAGAAAUCGUUUGCCCAGAAAUUGGUCGUCUGAGAGCUUUACGUCACCUUCGAUUAGCUAACAACCAACUGCAGUUCCUACCUCCAGAGGUUGGCGAUUUGAAGGAGCUGCAGACACUAGACAUUUCUACCAAUCGUUUGCUAACUUUACCCGAGAGGCUUCACCUGUGCCUUUCUCUGCAGUACCUCGCUGCGGACCGAAACCGCCUGUGGAGUGUGCCCCGCCACCUCUGCCAGCUGCCCAGCCUCAACGAGCUCUCCAUGGCGGGAAACCGUCUUGCGUUUCUGCCGCUUGAUCUAGGUCGAUCGCGAGAACUGCAGUAUGUGUACGUGGAUAACAACUUUCACCUGAAAGGCCUGCCAUCCUACCUGUACAAUAAGGUCAUCGGCUGCAGCGGCUGCGGUGCUCCCAUCCAAGUUUCCGAGGUGAAGCUGCUUUCCUUUUCAUCGGGGCACCUGACCGUUUUCCUCCCUGCCGAGGUGAAGGCCAUCGGGACAGAGAGCGACCGCGUCCUGCCGCUGCAGGAACUGGCCAUGAGGAGCCUGCAUCACACCUGUCACAGUUCUCUGAACGAUUUAAACUUCCUGUCUCCGAUCUCAUUACCCAGAAGUCUCCUGGAGCUGCUGCACUGCCCCCUGGGGCACUGUCACCGGUGUAGCGAGCCCAUGUUUACGAUCGUCUACCCCAAGCUCUUCCCCUUGAGAGAGACGCCGAUGGCAGGGCUGCACCAGGGGAAGACGACUGUCAGCUUUGUGGCUUACUGCUGCUCCACCCAGUGUCUGCAGACCUUUGACCUACUCAGCUGAUGAACACUCGAGAGCCUGGGGAGUACUGGCAGCUUGGCAUUGCAGUUGCCUGCAUGUCACACACUGCGAGGCAGAGGGACAAGACAGUCCAGCCAGGCCAAAUAGGCCCCUGCAUCCUGUCCUGUCAAAUGCGGGGGACUGCAGAACUCGACGGCAGUGUCAUGAUUGAGCGUCAGAGCUGAAAUGCCUUCACCCUCCCCAAGCUGGAAUACAUCCUCCCCCAGAUUAAGGACACUUUGUCGUCUGUGUGUUUCUUUUUAUGCAAGUGUCUCAUACACAAACUAUUUAGCGUGAUUGUGCCUCCCCAAAUCUAAUUUAAAGCAACUUUCAGUUCCCUCAAGAACUAUAAUUUGAUAAUAUAGCCAAAUUAACUUUGAACACACAUACCUUCAAUGAUACUUCUAACAUCCUCCUCGCUCUCUUUCUCCAGAGAAUAAUUUUCCCUAGAGGUUAUUCUCCAUGUUUUUAACGAAUUUCAGCAAACCCCAGGGCCUCAAUAGUAUUGAAUAUUGGGGGGCCAGGGUGUUCCUGAGUUAGCCACAAAAGUUCUGCAGGGGUCUUAGCAUACCACCCCCCCCGGAGAAUUACAAUCUCGUUUAUAAGUUUGCAACAUAUUAAGAUACUUUUGUGAGGGAUUUUAAAAAUAAAAAUGUAGAUUAUAGAUGAAAUAAUGCUCUUAUUUUGAAAGACUUUACAGAAAAAUAAUUUUUGACUUCCCAAUAAGAUUUUUUUUAUAUAUAUAUAUGAGAAGAAUUUGAAGAAUAUUUGAGACUUCAAAAGAUCUGAUCCUUUUCUUUCUAGAUCCAAACAUGUUCUGGCUAUGAGAAAGGAGGAGAAAAAAACACAUCAAAACAUGACCUCCAGCGUUUCUUGUUUUGGGGUUUAUGAUUACAUUUGUAAUGACUUUGAACUAUAUCUGUGACAUGUGAAAAACAGGCUUCAUCCUCUGCUGCUGCUAGUUUUUAGCAGGUUGAUUCUGAGUGCAGCUGUGUACAUUUAAUUAAAUACCUGGAUACAUUAGAUUAUCUUCAUUUCGACCCUGGAUUUCUUAUGUACUUAACACCCUGUUAUCCAGAUACUACUGAGAAAAUCCGGGAAGAGCAGGUCCAAGUUCAGCCUUGGACUGUUGCAAAAAGACCAUAAAUGGGAAGUCUGUGAGAUUACAUCCUGACAGAAGAAAUGCUCCUCACGGGGGAGUCACAUACUUGUUCUUCCUUUGAAAAGAUGGCAUUUGAAUGUUGCUCCGCUGCCAGAUGUUCAUCUGGUGGCUGUGAAGUGAUUCCAUUUUUUAAAACAAGUUUCAUUCUACAGUGUUUUUUUUUCUAAGGCAGGACGGAAGGGGGACCAAGAAGGUUUACUUGGUAGGAAAAUGAUUUUCAAAAAAUUUCGGACUCGUCGACAAUUUGGUUUAUGGAACUUUAUUAGCUGCCCUAAAUCUGUAAUGGAAGGGCUCUCAUCGUGCUAAAAAUCCCGCAGAGCUGCUGACAAACGUGUGGUCUUUUCAGUCACACCACCCGCGGCCCAGAAAGGAGACGAUCCGCGUAGAGUGAAGGCAGAACAUUCCAUGUGUUCCAGCUGCAUUCUCCCUGUCCUUACUUUCUCUGUCCUUUUCAUAACUUGGCCUGUUCAGCCUUCAAAGGCUUCCAGUAUAAUAGGAACUGAAGAUCCAUCUCAAAAUAUAACAUGUCUUUCAUCCUUCAGAAUAAUGGAAGUUUUAGCGUAACCUCUACCCGUGUAUAAGUUGGCAGGUGACAAAGGCGGCGUGAACCUUCCUCCACCAAUGCGACGCAGGCCUAAGUGGCCGCUGCCUGUCACUGAAAUGACAGUGAGUGUAGCGUGGCAUCUUUCACCCUCUAGAAUCAUAGGUCUUUAAAGGGAGCCAUGAAAGGCGCCAACCCUGAUAUUCAAGAUUCUCAUUGAGAGGUAACACUGUUGUUUUAACUCGUUUGAAAUUUUACAAAGACACAUAACAACCCGAGCAUCCUCUCUGCUCCUGUCGAAAACAGUGUGCGUCGAACACCAGCAGUGGGCAACCUUGGCGCGGUCUCAACCUUGACGCCCGGUACAGCACCCAGCUUAAUUGAUGACAAAUAGAAUUUAUAAUUUGGCCUCCCUGGUGCUGUUCAUUAUAAAAACAUUUUUUUACUGGGUUCACCGAUGUCAUUCUUAACCUUUUGAUAUUAUAAAAGAAUGUCGGAGUCCAGGAGAAAUUUGCUUCUAUGCUGUGUAUUUGAAUUGUGUGCAGAAUUUGCAGAAAAUUCUAAAGUCAUUAUGUUUUCUUGAGCAACGAUUAUACUCUGUGGAGAAAUAUUUCAUGCAAUUAUAGUAAUGCAAAAAAAAGUUACUUGGAAAUAGAGUCUGUUCAGGUAAGUCAAUAGAUGUGGGUAAUGGUAAGUUUUAAAAUUCAGAAUACUUUGUUGGGCAGGGGCCUCCCUAUGACAUAGUGUAAAGGGGCCCAUUUUAAGUGACUUGCUAUCAGUGUUAACUUCAAAAUGCCUAAUUGUUAUCAUACCAAAAUCUUCAAUUACAUGACAUUGUGUAGAUGAAAUGUUGCAUCUUCAAUGAAUAAAAUAUAUAUUUUGAACACA